AUGGAUUUCUAUUACCAUCCUGGUUCAGCCCCGUGUCGCGCUGUUAUUAUGCUGGCUCGAACAUUGGGAAUUGACCUUAACAAAAUUCUGGUCAAUACAAUGGAACGAGAGCAAUAUAAGCCGGAAUUCAUGAAAAUCAAUCCGCAACAUUGUGUGCCCACACUAGUGGAUGAUGGCUUCACUCUCUGGGAGUCGCGUGCCAUACUCAUCUACUUGGUGGAGAAAUACGGCAAGGAUGAUUCUCUCUAUCCCAGCGAUCCGCAGCAGCGGGCUGUGAUCAAUCAGCGUUUGUACUUCGAUAUGGGCACAUUGUUCCAGAGUUUCUUUGAGGCCAUGUAUCCGCAGAUGCUCAAUAAGCCAGUCGAACCGGCUGCCUUAAAGAAGGUGGAAACGGCACUCCAAUGGCUUGAUAGUUUUCUUGAGGGCCAACAGUAUGUGGCUGGCGAUUCGAUGAGUGUGGCCGAUAUAUCCAUCUUGGCCACAAUUUCCACCUUUGAGGUCCUUGACUAUGACUUUAGCCCAUUUCCGAAUCUAUCACAAUGGUACGAGAACGCCAAGGAGCACACACCUGGCUGGGAGGAGAACUGGGAGGGUAUAGUAUUGAUUAAAAAAUUUGUAGAGGCCAAUAAAGCCAAAUAA